AUGCGCUCCUUCCUUUCGCUCUCCAUCGCUGCCCUCCUCCAGGUGGGAGCAGCGCUGCCAGCCAACCAAUCCAAGCCCCAGGAUUCUCACGCCGACCAAUAUGUAGACUGGCGCACCUUCAAGGGAUACGGAGUCAACCUCGGCGGCUGGCUGGAACAAGAAUCCACCAUCGACACGAAGUGGUGGGCGAAAUAUUCACACGGCGCCGCCGACGAGUGGACCAUGUGCGCCAAGCUAGGAUCCGCCUGUGCGUCCGUCUUUGAGACCCGGUACAAGACCUAUAUCUCGACAUCCGACAUCGACACCCUCGCCGAGGCCGGUGUCACGGUUCUCCGCAUCCCAACCACCUAUGCCGCGUGGAUUGACAUGCCUGGAUCGCAGCUCUACCAUGGUAACCAGCAGAAGUACCUGCGUCGCAUUGCCCAGCAUGCCAUUACCAAACACAAUAUGCAUGUUGUCAUCGAUAUUCACAGUCUGCCUGGAGGCACCAACGGACUAGAUAUCGGUGAAGCCGUCGGGCACUACGGCUGGUACUAUAACAGCACUGCCUUGGACUGGAGUUUGAAGGCCGUGGAUGCUCUGGUGGACUUUGUCGCCAGCUCACCCAACCCAUGGAGCUACACGAUCGAGCCCAUCAACGAGCCCGUAGACAACCGGGAUUUCUCAACCUUCGGUACCCCUGCGGCGCUAUCCGACAAAGGCGCUAAGUGGGUGGUGAAAUAUAUCCGGGCCGUUCUCGACCAUGUGGAGAAGGUGGACGACCGCAUCCCGGUCAUGUUCCAGGGCAGCUUUAAGCCCGAGACUUACUGGAGUGGUUUCUUCGGGAAGGAGCGCAACCUAGUCUUUGACGCCCACCAUUAUUACUUCCAGUACCCCAAUGCGACUUCGGUCAAUUUGCCCACUUUCAUCUGCAAGGAUGCCAAGGACACUGAGGGCGAUGGAAAGUUCCCUGUCUUUGUCGGCGAGUGGUCGAUCCAGGCAGGUGGCAACAACACCCUCUCACUGCGCGGGGAGAACCUCCGAGCUGGUAUCUCCGCCUGGGCCCAAUACACACAAGGCAGCUCGUUCUGGACCGCCAAGUUCUCCAGCAAUGUCACCGCUGCAGGACAAGGGAUGCAGGAGAACUACUGGAACUUUGCCGAGUUCAUCGAGGCGGGCUAUUUGGAGGGAAAUGUUGUGAUCGAAGAUUAUUGUUGA